AGGAAGCCAGUCGAGCGCGAACUGCCGAGGAGGAUGCCGGCCUCUCUGACCGCCGUCGCAAAGGCGCACCGGAUCACGUUUACCCAGCGACGGCGCAGUACGCUGCCCGGCUGCCUGUGCGCAUCCCUCGCUGCUCUUUGCCUGACGCUUGGUGCGACAGUGGCCGUCUACUACGGAGCUCGCUUCUUGGAGGGAGAAAAAACCGCAGAGCGUGUCUACCGGGGCACCUUCACUGUUCUAGAAGGAGACAAGUUCCGCGACAGCUUGCUCAACAGCCUGACCGAGGAUUUCUUGCACAAAGCAGAUGCGUACCGGGCCAAGCUGGACAGCCUCUUCAACACGAGCACCUCUCAUUUCCGUGGGACAGAAGUGAUCGCUUUCCAAAGGAGGGCUGAACGGGAGCUCACGGUUUACUUCAACGCACACUUCGCACCGGGUGCACCACUGGAUGCCGGUGAUCUCUAUAUGGCUGUGGCUGACGAGGUGCUGCAAGGCCGCCUUGGUGUCUUCAGUGGACUCAAAGUUGACCUCGAAUCCCUCAGUGUACAAGAGCUCCGGGAUGCUUCUCCGCUACCAGAAUCAUGGUCUCCACGACGCCGCUACCCGGGAUACCUGGCAGGCCUGAGCACCACGGAGCGUCCCGUUACCACUGCGCGCUGCGAGCCACUCGCCAUCGACCACUGCCGAGCUAGCUUGGAUUACAACAACACCGCCUAUCCGAAUGCUGUUGGACACUCGACAGCUCGCGAUGUGCAGCGAGACCUGGUUGCCUACCGGCAGCUUGCCGACUCCGAGUGCCACCCUCUGGCCGCCGAGUUGGUGUGCCGUCUGCUGCAGCCAGAGUGCACCGCGUCAGGCCGUUCCGUGCUGCUGCCCUGCAGGGCCUUCUGCCAAGAGUUCGUGUCGUCCUGCCAGGAGCAGCUGCUGCAAAGCUCUGCUAAGAUCGAAUGUGCACGCCUGCCUGUCUACAGCGGCUCUGGUAGCUGCUAUGCCAAGCCUGGUUGCGUGAAUGAGCUCAAGGCCAGGGGUAAGGAAGCCCACAUUUGUGACGGCAUCGUCGACUGCCCAGAUUUCUCGGAUGAAACAGCUUGCGGUCACUGUGGUCCGGCACGCUUACAAUGCGGCCAGAGCCAGUGCAUCGACAUGGCGCAAAGGUGCGACGGAAAACUGGACUGUGAGGACGGCGCAGACGAGCGUGACUGUCUGACCCUGUCGGGCAGCGGAGAGUUGUGGGCUCCCCCUCAAGGUUACCUGCGCGCAUACCGGCAAGGCCGCUUCCGCAAGGUCUGCGCUGACGGUCGAGAACUGAAGCAGGUGGCGGUCGCGGCCUGCACAGCUCUAGGACUCGGGCCACCGUCCCGCGUGGAGCUUCAUCAUGAUGGCAACAGCAGCGACUCUUACCUGCGUCUCCUUGACCCGCAAGCACCCGGCCUCAGGUUCUCUUCGCCGGGGCCUUGCAGCAGUGACCUGGUGGUGUACUUGCAGUGCAGCUUGCCAGGUUGCGGUCAGUCAUCGGCGGUGCCAGGCGCAGCUGGCCCUGCUCGGCGCGGUGACUGGCCAUGGCACGUGAUGCUGCUAAGAUUCGGCAAGCACGUCUGUGAUGGAACGCUAGUUACCGAAAAGUGGGUGCUCACUACGGGAAACUGCGUAUCGAAUUGGCGAGAAGAAGAGUGGCUACAGGCUCGUCUCGGAUCUGCACGUAAAGCGUCACCUCUGGACGUGCGCCUGUCCGGUCCAGCGAAGCUCUCAGCCGAUGGGGCACUGGCACUGGUGAUGCUCGAGGAGGCACUCACACUCUCCAGUGCCGUGCGGCCAGCCUGUUGGAUGCUGACGGCCGUGUCCUCCAGCGACACUUGCGCCACUCUGGCUUACCAAGGGGACCAGCUGGAGCAGGUGAGUUUGGAGGCGUCCCCGUGCGCGACCUCGAUGCUGUGCGGCCGUUCAACAUGUACGCAGCACGAGUCCCUGGCUGGUCGGCAGCUGAUGUGCCGCCAUGGCGACCGGUGGCAGCUGCGUGGCGUUGCGGCGCAGUCCUGCGACCACCAAAAAGAGCUGCAACGUUUCCACCACCUGGAUGAGCCGCGUCUUGCCUGGAUCCGCAACAUUGUACAGCCCUGAACCCAGCUGAACAACUGAAUCUAUUAAUUCAAUGUCAUGAAACGCGAAAUAGUAAAGCAUCGGACACACUGUGCUCUUGAAACCUAC